CCUCAACUCCUUCAAUACUUGAUCAUUCACUCCACUCUCUCAACCCACUUCAACACCACCACCACCACCACCAUGGAAACCCAACCCCAAGAACCACCACCACCACCACAAAUAGCAAGAAGAUCAUACUGGAGAUUCAGCAAACAAGACUUCUUCCCUUCCCAAUCCUUCCAAAACCUGUCCUCCUACAAAACCUCCCUCUCCCAAACACCACACCGCCUCAAGGACCGCCUCUCCAGCCGCUCCUCCGACUCCACCGAGCUCCUCCACCUCCCCACCCACAGCGAAAACCCCCUCAAACAAUGCCUCACUUCCUGGGACCUCAUCUGGCUCAGCUUCGGCUCCGUCGUCGGCUCCGGCAUCUUCGUCAUCACCGGCCAAGUCUCCCACUCCACCGCCGGCCCCUCCGUCCUCCUCUCCUACGCCGCCUCCGGCCUCUCCUCCCUCCUCUCCGUCUUCUCCUACGCCGAAUUCUCCGUCGAAAUCCCCGUCGCCGGCGGCUCCUUCUCCUUCCUCCGCGUCGAAUUAGGCGAUUUCAUUGCCUUCAUUGCCGCCUCCAACAUCCUCCUCGAAGCCAUCGUCGGCGCUGCUGGACUCGGUCGAUCUUGGUCCUCCUAUUUCGCAAGUAUGAUCAAACCCAACACUGAUUUUCUUCGAAUUCGAAUCCAUAACUUGCCUAAUGGUUUCAAUCUCUUAGACCCUAUUGCUGUUUUAGUAUUAUUAGUUACAAACACCAUAGCAAUGACUGGAACCAAAAGAACUUCAUGUUUGAAUUGGAUCAGCUCUUUGAUCAGUAUUUUGAUUAUAUUUUUCAUUAUUAUUGUUGGGUUUGUUCAUUCCAAUCCCUCAAAUUUAGUCCCUUUUUUCCCAUUUGGGGCUCAAGGGGUUUUCCAAGCUGCGGCAAUCGUGUACUGGUCUUACACCGGUUUCGACAUGGUUGCAACCAUGGCCGAAGAAACCAAGAAACCGUCUCGAGAUAUACCAUUGGGUUUGGUUGGAUCCAUGUCAAUCAUCACAAUUUUGUAUUGCUUGAUGGCAUUGGCAUUGACAAUGAUGGUUAAAUAUACUGAGAUUGAUGUAAAUGCAGCCUAUUCGGUUGCAUUUGAUAGAAUUGGCAUGAAAUGGGCUAAGUACUUGGUCAGCAUUUGUGCUCUGAAGGGAAUGACUACGAGUUUGCUAGUUGGAUCUAUGGGACAAGCUCGAUACACGACUCAGAUUGCUCGAGCACAUAUGAUCCCACCUUGGUUCGCUCUGGUUCACCCCAAAACUGGGACUCCUAUCUAUGCUACCCUUUUGGUAACCAUAAUAAGCUGCAUUGUUGCCUUUUUCUCGAGUUUGGAUGUGUUGUCGAGUGUUCUCUCGUUUAGUACACUCUUCAUUUUCAUGCUUAUGGCAGUUGCGUUGCUUGUGAGGCGAUACUAUGUGAAGGAUGUUACUCCGAAGAGCAAUUUGGUUAAAUUUAUUGCUUGCUUGUUUGUUAUUAUUGGUUCAUCGAUUGGAAUUGCAGCGCUUUGGGGUUCAAAUAGGAGGGGGUGGAUUGAGUACACAGUGGUUGGUUUGUUUUGGUUUUUAGGCACAUUGGGGAUGAUGUUUCUUCCAAAGCAGAGAGUUCCAAAGGUGUGGGGCGUUCCACUCGUUCCAUGGUUGCCAUCUUUGUCGAUUGGGAUGAAUUUGUUUCUGAUUGGAUCGCUCGGUUGGGUGGCAUUCUUGAGGUUCUUCAUAUGCAGUGCAGUAAUGCUAGUUUACUAUCUACUAGUUGGUGUCCACGCAACUUACGAUGUGGCUCAUCAAAAUCAACAAGAAUCGAAACUUGGAAAAGGAAAUGUUGCAAAUCAAGCAAUAGAGCAUUCAUAGUUUUUCUUACAUUCUGAUAUUAUAGUUGACAUUGCCUAGGAUGAAACAAGAGUAUAUUUCUGUGGUCUUAUAUCAAUUUUUUUAUUUUUCAUUUUUUGUUUGAUUAGCAUCAAUUUUCUGAUUUUGUUCUUCUUAGCUAUACAAGGUUUGGAUAAUAAAUACCCAAGUCUUGUUUCUCGUUUUAGACUGAUUAGUUUGGUUCUGGGCAUCUUUGUGAAAAAUAAAUGAUGAAUUUAUUACUCACAA